AUGGAUGUUUCUCGAGGCCUGUCGAUGGCUACGAAACAACUCUGUCGGUUCACGACAUCUUCCUUCCUUGCUCCAUUCUUCACACGCGCAUCGGCGCCAUACACAGCAACCGCUGCACGAUGCUUCUCUUCCGCACCAAUCCUUUCCGCGACGGGUGGUGCCCGGCAACUAUCAGACAAAGAAAAGGCUGCAAGGGAGAAGAUCAGGCGGCGAAGAAAGAAGCAUAGAGCGUACAAGCAACAUAACCUCAAAGACAUGGAGCAAUUCACUUUGUGUGAAGCAAUGAGGUAUAUCAAAGCAUUCGAAAUUGGCCACGACCCAGACUCGCCGAAAUAUGACAUCCAUAUCAAACUCCGCACCAAAAAAGACGGCCCAGUGGUUCGCAAUGCCAUCCGCCUCCCCUACCCUGUCAAAACAGACAUAAAAAUCGCGGUCAUCUGUCCGCCUGAUUCCACAGCAGCCCAACGAGCGCGUGAAGCCGGCGCCCACUUGGUUGGUGAAGAGGAAGUGUUUGAACGCAUCAAAGCCGGCAAAAUCGACUUUGACCGGUGCAUUGCCGUGCCCGACUCCUUGCAGAAGAUGAAUAAAGAGGGAAUACCAAGGAUCUUGGGACCGAGAGGUCUAAUGCCGAAUGUCAAGAUGGGCUCAGUUGUGUCAAAUCCCGGGCCUGCUGUGAGAAAUAUGAUGGGCGGCAGUACCUACAGAGAAAGACAGGGUGUGGUGAGAAUGGCAGUAGGGAGAUUGAGCUUCACGCCGGAGCAGUUGAGGGAUAAUGUGAAGGCGUAUGUCAACGCAGUGAAGAAAGAUGCGAAUGCGCUGAGCGAUCAGAUUGUCAAGGAGAUGUAUGAGGUGGUUUUGAGCUCGACCAAUUCUCCUGGCUUUUCUUUGAAUGGGGACUUCUACAAGCCAGCGCCGGGAGCUGCUACACCCCAGCAACUGGCCGUGGUUUGA